AUGUCAACCAUUCAAGACAGCACCAUUCGCCUCAACACACAGGAGGACUGGAUGCAGUGGCAGACGCAGUUUGAAGGCCUAGCUAGAGGCAAGGAUAUUUGGGAUAUUAUUUCAGGGUCCCAUGCGGAAUAUCAGUUGGCUUGGACAAUUUAUCGAACCAAACUGGAGGAGUACAACAAACAGAAAGCGGAGUUAAAUAAGAUUAGAGAAUGGAUUCAAAAGACUGUAUCACCACAAGUCUAUGAAUUCUGCUGCAUUCCUUCUGAUUCCUUGAACGACUGGUAUGACAACCUAAAGAAGAAUGUUGGAGUUGAUGAGUUUAGAGUCAAAGAACUGGCUCGAGAAGCUUAUCAAAAGGCCAUCAAGACUCCAAAGCCCAGGGACAUCAACACCUGGAUAAACAAUUGGGAGUUAGCCAUGCAGAAGGGGAUAAAGGCAAAGAUUGCAGUUGCUACUUCCUUAACUGAUUGGAUUAAAGACUUUCUAAAUGCAGUGCGAUCUUUGAAUCCUCACUGGGUAGAAUCUUAUUGGAUAAAUAAGAAGCAAGACAUUCAAGAAGAAAGCCUCUCCUUUAGAAUGGUCGCGCAGGACUUCCGUGAUAGCAUGAAUCGAAUGGGAUUACCUCAAGGCAAGAUUGCCAAGGGAUCAUUCGGUCCUACCUUUGGAACUCAAGACGAAGGUAGUGAUGCCUCUAUCUCUGGAACUCAUGGCAGAGAUAGUGACGAAGAUAAGGCACCCGCACCAGAUACUAGGAGGUCCCGAAAGCGGAAGCAGAGGACCGAAAGCCGUGGAUCACCGAAGGAGUUCAAGAGGAACAAUCCGGGAUCAUCAAGACCGGCAAAGGCCUGCAGAGCUUGCGGACAAUGGCAUAAUUGGAAGGAUUGCUUUUAUUUAUUCCCUAGGAAGGCCCCAGAAGGAUAUCAGGAGCGUUCUGAAGUUAGAAGGUUGGUAAAUCUGUCACUAAAGGAUGAUCAAAGCUUUGCCAAGCAGGUGGAAGAAGAAAUAAAGCAAAAGGCUCAAGAAUGA